UUUAGUUUACGCUUGUACACCGCCGGGCGUGUGUCGUCUCUCGCGUGCUAAAUUCCCGAAAAAUCGUCGAAUAAAAAUCAUCGCAAUUCGUUGAGUUGACUAAAAAUCCAACGAAUAUCAAAAACUGAAAAGUGCAAAGUGUACAACAGUGAGAAGGAUAACACUAUUCGGAGAAAAAAAAAUCCCGGUAAGAGUUAAUAAUCAUCCCCGGAAAAAAUAAAGAUUAAAAAAAUGUGGGGCAAGGUGGUCGCAGAUUACCUGCUCUCCCCACCCGUGCGCCCGUAAAAACGCAAUUCCCAAACAAUAGUAAUAAAAUUAACAGCAAAAAACCGACUGUACGUUGUAACGAGUGAGAAUAUUCGUGUAUCCAUUGGUGUGAGCGGCGAGGUGAGUGGGGAGGGGAGGAUUUGUGUGCUAAGGAAAGAGGAAAUACAGAGGGAGGACGGGGGAAAAAAGGCGCAUGUGCCCCGUUCCGUUCAGUUGUCUGUCUUCUCGAAAAAUAAAGCACGUAUGGUUGGGGGAGGGGUGGGGGACGCGAGGGCGUUUCGAGGGGGCACAGGAUACGACAAAACGUAGUAGACGCUGUGUAUUUCCAUCGUGAAAAACACGUGGAGUUUGUCCCGAGUAUUCAACGAAUGUUGAAAAUCACUCCAAUUUGUUGAUUAAAUUAUCGUGGGGAGUGGGAGGUGUACUCACCGAAUGUUGAAUAAAAAUAAAAUUCAAGAGUGAGAAUUGAAAUAGCGAUUUGUCCUCGAUCUUUGACACCUCUUAUCUAACCUCUGAAAUGAGUGAUACUGUGUAAAGUGCAACAAAAGGAAUUUUAUUUGUGAAACACUAGGAAAUUCAAUAGGCUAACGGUUAGGUUGUCCGAGGUCCCAGUGGAGAUUCACUUGGAGCCCAUAACCACCACCAUGAAAUCUAAAAAAUUUUUUAUAUUCAAUAAAAAGCUACGAUAAUCACCGAGCUAUUUUUUUCCUCUUUUGGAAUCUUAAUUAUAAUUUUCAACCCAUGAAAAAGAUGGGUAAAUUUCCGUAAAAAGAACGAAACUCGUUGGGUUAUCAGUGGCAAAUGUCUCAACAAUCGUAUUUACGAUUGAUGCGUUUAGUGGUGAGUGAAUUGUGAUGCCUAUUCCAUCGUAUGUAAAUGAAAAACAUUUGUCCAGUUCAGUGUGGAAGACCAAGCGUGAAUUCAUCGAUGCACGGACGUUUUAAAUUCACUCGAGUGUGGAAUAAAAACAAACUUAAAAAAAAAAAAAUUACACAUCUCCAUGGAAUAGUGUGUGGAGAGGGUGUAGGGGGAGAAAAAUGGUAAAGGAUAGAAACUGUGGAGAAAUAAUAAUUGAUGCGACGUGAAUGAUUGUGAUCGUUGCAAGCACAUUACGAUUGGAUUUAAGUGGUGGACAGAGAGGAGUGAGUUUAAAUACUGGGGAGUGAAAUAAAGAAAAUAAAUAACGACUCGGUGGUAGGGACUGGUUGUCCGCGUCACCGGCCCAAUAAUCUCACGACGUUACUGCCUGGCGUUGGGAAUAAAUCAGUGAAAAUAGUGUCCAUGAAGCGAGAAGAUGAGGACACGGAAGCUGACGGUGGCGAUGGGUCUUGGGAUAGUGAUUAUCAUCGUUUUUAUGAUUAUCGUUACACCUGGUGGGGGACAGGUGACAAGGGGUCUUGAGAAAAAAGGGGGCAAGGGGGUUGUGAAGAUAAGGAAUAAAACGGACAAGGGAAAGUAUGAGCCGGAGAACAUCGGGGGUAAGGACGACGACAAGGAUCUUGGAAUGAGAAAUAAUCCAACCACCAACUACACCAGCCCAAAGAACGGAAAUCUCUCGAACGUGACUGUUCACCUGAACACAACGGUGUCCCCAAAUACCACCACGAUCCAUCGUGAGUUUCAUCGUGAAAGAGACCGGCCUCUGAAGAAUAUCACCAUUGGUGAUGGAAUUUGUCACAGUAUCGAUAUUCGAAAUUACAUAGAACAUUUGGAGAUGCUGAGACCGUGUCGUGUAAUCGAAGGAUUUUUGCAAAUUGUUCUUAUGGAGAAUGUUGAGCCGAGAACGCCGAUUAAGCCGUUUGAGCUACUACGUGAAAUCACGGGAUACUUGUUGCUCUAUCGUGUGGGGAGUAUCAAGAACAUUGGACACCUUUUUCCCAAUUUGGCUAUUAUUCGAGGGGAUAAAUUACUAGCUGAUUAUUCACUCAUGGUGUAUGAAAUGCCCACUGUUCAGGAGCUUGGGUUAACAAAGCUAACGAAAAUAGCUAGAGGCGCUGUGAGAUUGGAAAAAAAUCCAGCUCUGUGUUUUGCGGACACUGUCGACUGGUCGCAAAUUGUCGUUGCGGGUACUAACUUCAUCAAGGAUAAUGCAAACAAAGUCUCAUGUCCAAGCUGCUCUGGAUGCCCCGGUGGCCAUUGCUGGUCGACCAGUGUCUGCCAGAGAACAGAAAAACCAAAGUGCCAUGCACAGUGCCUCGCUGACUGCACUGGCCCGACCGAAUAUGAUUGCUACGUUUGCAAAAAUUUUACCCUCAAUGGAAAAUGUGUGGAGGCGUGUCCCAAGCAUUUAUACUCACACGUAUCUCGAAGGUGCAUAACGAAGGAUGAAUGUCUGAAAAUUCACGAUCCCCAAUUAAACGGGGAGGACGAGGUGAAGAGACGUCCAUUCGAAGGCGCGUGCAUAACCGAUUGCCCUCAAGGCUAUGAAGAGGCGAUGGAGAACAACAACCCCACAUGUCGUCGCUGUGAAGGCUCCUGUCAGAAGAUACGCCAGGGAGCAAUAAUCCGCCACAUAUCGGAUGCUCAAAAGCUCAAAGGAUCAACAAUGAUCAAAGGCUCUCUAGAAUUCCAAAUGCGCAAUAGUCAUCCCUUAGUGAUGCAAGAGCUGGAAGACGCAUUUGGGGAUGUGGAGGAAAUAACUGGAUCACUAAAAGUGACUCAUUCUUUUCCUAUUACGUCUCUGAGCUUCUUCAAAAAACUACGAAUAAUCAGGGGUGAAGUAUUAGACAUCAAUAACUCAAGUCUAGUUAUUCUCGACAAUCCGAAUCUCGCGAGCUUAUUUCCGGCUACUCAGGACGUGCAAAUUUUAAACGGACGAUUGUUUUUCCAUUACAAUCCGAAACUCUGUUACUCCAACAUCACGAGCUUCGCUAAAAAGGUGGGUAUAACUGACCUUACUGAGAUGGAGGUUCAGCCAGAGUCAAAUGGUGACAAGGUAGCCUGUGACACAACAAACAUUCAUCUAGCUGUCACCGAGAAAGGUCCAACCACAGCGACCUUUGAAUGGACAGUGUACGUCCCCAGCAAAGACCAAGUCCUCCUGAGCUACCUCCUUAACUACAUAGAAGCCAACAAUGAAACAGUGAACGUGACCCACGAAAAUAACGCAUGUGGUCACAAUAAAUGGCACAUUGUCGACGUCGACAUACCAGACAAAAAUCCACCUCGUGGUCUCAUUACGCAGUACGUCUCCGACCUGAAGCCCUACACACGCUAUGCAGUGUACGUGAAGACCCUCUCAGCACGAAGUAGAAAUACACCAAACGGUUUAACCGGUCAGUCUCAAAUUCUCUUCUUCCGCACUGAUCCUGACGUGCCAUCGCCACCCACCGAAGUCACCUCCAUUCCGAAGAGCGAAAGCAGCAUAAACAUAAGCUGGGAACACCCAGAGCAGCCAAAUGGGCCCAUCGGCUACUACAUAAUAGCCGGUUACCUCCGAUUUCACGACUCAGAGCAACUCUCCACCCGCAACUACUGCACAUAUGGCCUUGAGCCUGGCCAAGGGCUGGAAACUAUACGUGAAGUCAGGAUGAAAGCCCCCAUUAUCAUCAACGAUGACUGUUGCCCGUCGGAAAUUCUUCCGAAGGACCAACGCUUUGGGAUUUACUGUUCAGCGAACACAACCAUCAGUUCAAUUCCCCAGGAACGAAGGAACUAUUGUCCAUUUCACAGUUACGAGGAUAACAAUCCUUACUUCAUCGGUUUACGAGAAAAUCCAUCAUCACUAUCGUGGAGGGACAUAAAGAUUAUCGAGGCUGGAAAGGACAUGUUGGACAACAGAAUAACAAGAAUCUACAACAAUACGUAUUACUCGUUUGUAUUCAAUGCUAGUGCAAACAGCACUUCAUAUUUAGUGACGAAACUGCGUCACUUCUCCUCGUAUACAAUAUCUGUGGCAGCAUGUGGACUGAGACACAGCAAUGGUACAAACCUGUGCUCCACUGUAGAGUAUACAAAUGCAACGACCUUGAAACGAGAGCAUGCUGACGAUGUGCGUAAUUUUAGAAUUCAUGUAUUGAACGCAACAAUUGUCACGAUCUCGUGGGAGCCUCCGAGAACUCCUAACGGUCUAACAGUCGCCUAUUACGUGGAUUAUGGGCCUCUCGAUGUGAAAGAUGCCACGAAAACCUCCACCUGUAUCCCAGCAUCCCUAUUUCGUGGAGAAAUGGUCAUAAAUAAUUUGAGCCCUGGCAGGUACAGUGCCAGGGUUAGAUCGAGAUCGUUGAAUGGAGAUGGGACGUGGUCGACUGAAGUUGAAUUUUUUGUCGGUGUGCUAGUGGAUCACACCUUGACUAUCGUCACGGUUGUCGUCAGCUUCAUCCUCCUGAUGAUUCUCAUUGGGAGCUGUUUAUGGUUCAGACACAAUCAGAAGCGAAAGCUCCAGGAGAAGCUUAUUGCUAGUGUUAAUCCGGACUACAUCGAGUCAAGGUACGUGAGAGAUAGCUGGGAGGUACCUCGGGAGAAUUUAGAACUUCUCGAGGAGCUGGGACUCGGAAACUUUGGAAUGGUGUACCAGGGAAUCUUGAACGGUGUAACGCCAGUUGCUGUCAAGACUAUUCCGGAGAAUUGCAGUGAGAAGGAUAAGAACGAAUUCCUCAAUGAGGCUUCUGUCAUGAAGAAUUUCUCGACUUAUCAUAUCAUCAAAUUGCUUGGAGUUGUUUCUGAUGGUGUUCCUCCUUACGUCAUCAUGGAGCUGAUGGAGAAUGGUGAUUUGAAGACAUAUUUGAGGAGAAUUAGGGAUACUCCACUGGUGCCUGAUACUUCCAGGAUCAUCAGGAUGGCCUGUGAAAUUGCUGAUGGUAUGGCGUAUUUGGAGUCGAAGAAAUUUAUUCAUCGGGAUUUAGCAGCGAGAAAUUGCAUGGUAUCGGCGGAUAUUGUAUGCAAAAUUGGGGACUUUGGAAUGGCCAGAGACAUUUAUGAGACUGAUUAUUAUAAGAUUGGGCAAAAGGGACUGUUGCCCAUUCGUUGGAUGGCACCUGAGAAUCUCUCCGAUGGGGUAUUCACAUCUGACUCGGAUGUUUGGUCUUUUGGAGUAGUUCUUUGGGAGAUUUUGACUUUGGGUGAGCUGCCUUAUCAAGGUUUCUCAAAUGAUGAGGUACUGUAUCAUGUACUGAGAAAGGGCACUGUUAAUAUACCGAGGAAUGCUCCGGAGGUUAUUCUGUAUCUCAUGGAGAAAUGCUUCAAGUGGAGACCUAGUGAAAGGCCUACUUUUAUGGAGAUUAUCGCUGAACUUGAGACUUUUAUUAGCCAGGACUUCUGCGAAAACAGUUUCUAUCAUUCAGAUGAGGGUAUUGAGCUGAAAAAUUCUGGACUGAAGAAGGUCUAUCAUCAUGCUGCACAGAUCAGGUUUCAUUGGGGAAAUGAAACUGCAAGGUGGGUCAAGGACUUUGAGGAUAAUGUUACGUUGUUGGAUCAGACUAAGGCGGGGACGAGUAGGGGGAGAAUUUUCAAAAAUGGAUUUCAACAUUUUGGAAAUAUGCCCUUAAUGGAGGAUGUUCCCUUGGAUCGGUGAUGAGAGGGGUUUUUGUGGGGCAGUGGGGAGGAGUCAAGAGUGAGGAGUAAGUCCAUGAGGAUUCUAACUGUAUUUUCACAAUUUUUUCGAUCUUAUAUGGCUCUUAAAAUUGCAACUUCAUUUGAUGAAAUGAGAUUACAAUGCCAAACCUACAAUAAAUUCGAAAGUCAGGUCUUUAUCGUAUGCAGCCCAUGAUUUUAUCGAGGAAAUAUCGUAUCGGUGUUAAAUUGUAUACUUGCGGACUUAAUCUCCAGGACUUGAGCAUCAAUAACACACUGUAUAAAAUAAUUAUUCUCAGGGCAAUUCGCCACUUCGUGGGACUAAAGCACACGGUGCAUAAUAAUACGUGAAAGUACUCACUGAAAUCGUCAAAGGGCGUUUGAAAAAAAAAAUAAUAUCGAAGUAAUCUCUUUGAAUUAAUAUUUGAAUGGGGAUCCGGAAUAAAACCCCAAACCCAGGUUGAAAUAGUUAUUUCUAUGCUUUAACAUAACUCGAAGGAAAUAUGCAAAGUUUAAGUAUACGAGAGUGCGUGGGUCUAGUUGCUAAAGCUGAACCAUCCAACGAUUAGUUUAAGUAGAAUUAUUAGAUUUUUUUUCGUCUUAAUUAUUAUUUUUACGUUUUCUGGUUUCAGAAAAUGAAUUUAUUUUUCGCGAAAGUUUGAACUGUAAACUUGUCAUUCCUCAAACAGGGCCAAUUUCUAUUUAUUUAGUUUUUUCGAGGUAGUUUUUUUUUGCGGGUCGAGGUGAAUUUACUUUUCACACCAAAGUUCCUUAUUUUGUUUCCCGCUUGUAAAUAAAUAUGGAAGUGACAGCGUGGAAUUCAAUUAUUGAAAUUUUUCUCUCUGUGGUGAUUACGUUCUCAUUUCAACACUAAACUAAAUGAAUAGUAUUAACAGAACUUUGUUGAGGAUAAUUCAGGAAAUAGCAUCACAAAAUAUUUUUAUUUUUAAAACAGUAUACGACAAAAAUGACUGACAUUUGUUCUUAGAAAGCUCAUCCUCUAGACAAUUUCACGUUCGAAAUCUGAAUAAUUGAAUUUUCACGUUUCCUCACUUUAUGCAGAUAAUAACACACAGCAGAGAGACCCAGAAAGUGGUGAUUCAAAUGCCGCACAAUUUAAUUGGCCUCUUAGGUAGUCUCGACAAUGCAAUACAUAGGAUACCGUCAUUUGUGUUCUCACAAUUGUUUUUUUCUUCGUCAUUAUUGCUACUGAAGAAUGUUAAUAUUGAGAUGAAUACAAUCAUUCAUUAUUCGUGUUUUUUUCUUGAUUAUUUAACUCUGAAAGCUGAUGAGCUUACGUCUGUAAAUAGUUCUGUAGUAGUGAUGUGUCGAUGACUGAAUAAUUCACAAUUUUUCUGGUUAAUUCGAUCAAUCGUUGAUGAAAAUGAUAAUGUUCUGUCUAAACAAAAUUAACUUUAAGAGAUUUUAUAUUUAUAUCUUGAAGAGGAAUAUUGAAUGAUCAAAUUGACAAAUUUUUCGUCACUCGACUGCUGUUGUAAUAUGUGCAAAAACUGUUUAUUAGUAUUUACUGUUUUCUUCUAGGUAAUUUUUUUCGUAUUUUACACGAGAGACAAAUAGGGGAUAAUUAUCAUCACAUCUCAUCGUCAGAGUAUCACAUGUUAUUGAUAUAUCGUUUAGUGGGUGGCGUAUGAGCGUCUUAUUAUUUCAUCAGUGAUGAAUUGACGUAAAGGAGUUGAGUAAACGCAUUACUUUCAGCAUAAAAAAUUGGAAUUCACAAGAAAGACAUAUAAAGACUCGGAAAAUAUUGUCGUCUCGGUUUUCCGUCAUUUCAUCACAAAAAAAUAUAAGACGCAAAUAUACGGGUUCCCAAAAAUACCUUGUAGCCAAAUUGACUAAAUCCCAGAAAAACCAGCGUAAUGUUAACGAAAUGAUUUGCAAAGAUUGUAAAAUACUACUGAAUAUAGAAAAUUCGCGAGAAAAAAAAUCAGAAUUUAUAGACGUAUAUCACAAUUAUGAUGUAAAAACGAUAUAAUAUAUUUUAAUCAUAGUCAGUUUACCUUAAGUUUGAUAAGAACCACAACGGCCACUCGGUGCCUUAAGGCAGGAAUUGUCAUUGUAUUUUAUUAAUUUAAAAAAUAACUCGGAAUAGAUGGAAACGAUGAACCUUCUGUUGUCGGUCCAAUUUGAAAAUUAAUAUUACGUUUAGGUCGAAUCGCAUGAAUGGAAAGCAAUUGUCACGAGCGAGUUGACAAUUAAUAAUUGAGUGACAUGAUUGGAUUUUGUAUAUUACUAAAUCACAAGAACUUAUUGUUACUUUCCUCUCGAUUACCUGCCAUCACAUAUCAUUCAAUUUCAGUGAAGAAAAAGAGUCGGUUACGAAUAAUCGAAAUGAUGGGAAAAAAUUGCAAAAUUUUAAUCAACUAAAAGGCUAAUUAACGAGUGAAUGAUAAACGCACAGGUUUCAAAAAUUGUCUCGUGUAAAUACACAUACACACUCUCUCUAUAGAACAAAUAGGUAAAUCUUAAUUAAGUCAAUUCCCAUAGGACAAAGUGAAUCCCACAAAUAGCAGAAACUGUUGACAAGAAUUUUUUAUACAAAAAAAAACAACAGGUGAACUGUUUUUUACUGACUAGAAAAAUCCUGAUUCCCAUGUUUUAUGUUGAAAUAACAAUUAUGUGGAGAAUCCGUGGCUCUUGUACCUCGCGAGAUGUUUCAUUAGUUGUGUUAGUGUACUGUAUAGGUGGUGUGAGAUAAAACUUAUUUAAUUUAUUGUUUAAACAUUUUUUUUGGAAGGAAAUAAUACAAAAAUUGCAGAUGAGUAAUUGAGGGUGGAGAUCAGAGCUGCAGGAAGGGAUUCAAAGGUUUCGAGAUAAAUGUUAAUUAAUUUGCUUGCGGAAAAUUGAUUUUUCUGCCAAUAAUUUUCUUUAACAUUUUUCCAUAAACUUUACAAGAUAUGAAGAUCCCCUUCCGACGUCCCUUCCGCUGUUCAUUGUUCUCCACUGAAACAACAUCAAGAAGCAAUGUUGUACCCUAUAAUUUUGGGUAGAGUUGAGAAGAGUAGGAGAGGAAUAGAACUUUUUUUGUCCAGAAAUACAAUUCUUUUCAUUUAUAGUUCUCAGGAUAUUUUUUAAAUAAUUUAUCCGGACAUUAUUUAGUAAAACAAAAGAUAACAGCAUUUUACGAAUAUCGUUUUCUGUUAAAAAUAUAAAUUUCUGGAAUGUUUUCAAAAAGUUUUUCUAUAAAUAUCGACUCAUAAACACUUGUACCCUGCAAUGUAGAACAAUUGCGUCAAAAAAAGUUUUAUUCCCCAUUAAACAAAAAAUCCUGCCAUACCGUGUCUUCCAAGACAGAGACUACAAACUAAUUAAUUGUAUAAAUAGUUUAAUAUUUAUGUACCUUUAAAUCCAUAAGUUAAAUUAUUAUCCCCAGUUCCCCAAUUUUUUCUUUCCAAGGUUAAUUAUUUCACCCACGAGGAAUAGUUUGUGUGGGUAGUGGAAAAGAUACUGGCAUCUUCGUCUCAAUUCAGUCGCCAAUAAUCUUUCAUCAACUUUUUUUCAAUUAUUAUUUUUAUUACACUUGUCAUGGUCUCAUCCCGAAGAAUUUCCUCCCCUUUCCACUCCCAACACACCGUAUACAUUACACUAAUUUAGUAUUGCCGCUGAGUAUUAUAACUAGUCACAUAAGCCAAAAGUUUGUUACUGUCACAGAAGAUUUUUUUUUUGUUUUUUUUUCCAGUUUUGUAAUAAAGGGAGAUAUGUGAAA